CCCUCGUCGCUGCGUCUCUCUCCCGCAACCUUUAUUAGAUUCGUUUAUUCCCAGAGAGAGAGAGAGACACAAAUUCAAUAAGCGACCAUGUUGGUGUACACUGAUCUCCUCACCGGUGAUGAGCUUUUAUCUGACUCUUUCCCUUACAAGGAGAUUGAGAAUGGUAUCCUCUGGGAAGUUGAAGGAAAGUGGACUACUAAGGGAUGUGUAGAGGUUAACAUUGGUGCCAACCCAUCAGCUGAAGAAGGUGGUGAGGACGAAGGUGUUGAUGACUCUGUUGAGAAAGUUGUUGACAUUGUCGACACUUUCCGCCUUCAGGAGCAGCCCACUUACGACAAGAAGGGGUUCAUCGCCUAUAUCAAGAAGUACAUCAAGCUUUUGACGCCCAAGCUUACCCCGGAACAGCAAGAGGAGUUUAAGAAGGGUAUUGAGGGAGCUACUAAGUACUUGCUCCCCAAGCUCAAGGACUUCCAAUUCUUUGUUGGGGAGGGGAUGCAUGAUGACAGCACUAUUGUCUUUGCUUACUACAAGGAAGGUGCAACUAACCCUACAUUUUUGUACUUCGGACAUGGUUUGAAGGAGGUCAAGUGCUGA